CACAUUUACCUAGUCUCGAUGGUGAACUACACCCAGUACCACCUCUUCAAGUGAAUUCUGACUGUGAGAUUGUUAUGUGCUGACUCCACUCUCCUUUAUGAUUGGGAGAAACCACAUCUCCGGGUUUACUCUCUUUACUCGAGGUUUCCUGAAAGACAGCUAUCAAGUAUGGAAUCUCUCCAUGCUCAAGAUGAAGCAGCCCACUCAAUCGAGAUCCUCCGCCAAGCCAGUUCAUUCUUGGAGCAAGUCAAGAUGAACUACGAGAACAAACCAGAGGUGUAUAAAGAACUGUUACGUCUGCUCAAGUCAUACUCAGCUGGAAGAGAUGAGGCCCACCAACAUAUCAGCGCCCAAGUGAAGGCCUUGUUCCGUGGAACUGCACUUCGACUUCCACAAGUCCGAAAUGUCUUAAUUAAAACUAUUCGAAGGGGGGAAGGAACGCCAUACGCUGCAGCUCUGGUCAACUCUGCCAUCAAUCGUGUAGCCAAAGUCACAGUCGGAAGCACAGCAGCCGAAGAUUCUGAGGAGGAUAGAAUAGAAGAGAAUGCCAUGAAAACCAUGUCAGCGGCCAAAAACCUCCCAGGCUUCAGUGUUGAUGCGGGCCUACUUGAAGGCUUUCGUCAACUGUUGCCAGCAAAUGUUUAUCCAACGGUUGCGGGACGCACCAUGGCAACUGGAGGGGCAUCUCGGUUCCACAAGGAAGAAGGGAGGCGGUACAUGGAGUUUCUCAAGAUCUAUUUCAGCGACAGACCAGAUGUCUAUGAAAGAUACGACGUGGCCAUUGAGGACUUUGAGAGAACGAGGAUUAGGGCAAAUCGCCGCCUGUAUGUUAAAGCCAGGAUUUUGCUCCAGGACUCACCAAAGCUCUUUGAAGGGUUUCAGAAUUUCAUGCCUGAAAAUGGAAAGGGCGAACUCUAUCGGACAUCGGCUGGGAAGCUUCGGUGGUGGCACUACCAUGCUGACCACGUCACCUAUGAAAAAUAG